CACUGAUCGAAUGUUCAGUUCUACAUUUAAAGCGUAGUUUGUCGCACACGGAAUGGUGCGCGAGUGCAAUCGACUGCAAUAAUUAAACAAAUCGCCAGCGUGCCACUACUAGUAAAAUUGCAAUAGCCUAGCGGGGAAAAUUGACGAGCAAUUGAAUUAGCAAAGUAACAAACAUUUUCACAAACCACGUAACGUAACACAUGUGCGUGCGUGUGUGUGUGGGUGCGAGCGAGAGGCAGUGUGUGUCAAAAUGACAGCAGUAGCAACAACGAAAACAACAACAAUAGCAACAGAAGCAGCAGAAAUCAAAUGAACAACAACAACAGCCUACUUAACCAGCUGUGCGAGGUCGCUUCAGACCCCCCUCCCACCUUUCCCACAGAAAACUGAAAAAGCAAAACCACAUUUGACGAAAGUAAAAUCAAAAUUGUUCUGUUCCCUGUGGCAAGCAACAUCAAGCUCCAAAUUGUCAGUUACGUUAUCAAAACUCAAAACACAGCAAGGGUGUUAUGAACAUACUAAAUCCAGGCAAAUUCAAGUGUAUCGUAUUUAAUCAACUGCGUCACACUUGGACGUUUCUUUUGUUUAUCUGCGAUUUCCUGGCCAAGAUUUACCGGACGCCUCGUAUAACUGACCACCAGGAGCAGCUGGCCAACCAUAAUAAUAAUAACAACAACAAUAAUAACGAUCUGAUCAUGGAACAGGACAUGCCAGAGGAGGAAGUGGGUCAGCCAGAGGAGGCUCUGCCGCAGCAGGACAACGGUGAGCAUGUCGCCCGCUUCAAUGCCAUUCAGGCUGCCGUGGAGCUCAUGGACGCAGCCAGCGAUUUGGACGAGGAAGAAGAUGAGGAAGACGACGACGUGGACGUGGACUACGGCGAUACCGACUCGGACUCAGAAUUCGAAGAGAUGUACUCCGACGAGUGGUCCAGUUCCAGCGAUGAGCAGGACGAGGGUACAGAGCUAUCCAAGAGUGUCCUGAAUGUCUUCCUCUCGCCGGACCAGCAAUCUCAGGUGGCCAGCCAGCUUCCUAUGUACGCCUUCCAGCCAUUGCGUCUCGUCAAGUGCCAGUACAGGGAUAAAAAUAUUCCCGGUGGAUUCCCUCUUGCACGCAGUGGCCACCGGAUCAUCGCCUCCAAUUCGCAUCUGUAUUCCCUGGGUGGCUACAAUCCGCGGAGCGCCAUGUCUGCAUCACGCCACGGCCGCUGCCUUCUCUUCCAGGAGCUAUGGAGUUACAACUUUGCCACCAGGACCUGGAGGCUGGAGCUGAAUGCGGGCAAUGCCGCCAAUAUGCCCGUGGAGCUGGCCUCCAAUGCAUUGACCAUUCACAAUAACGUGUUGAUUUCUCAUGGCGGCACUGGCUAUCCAUUUGGAGUAUCCUGCUCCAACGACUGUUACAUUUACCGAACGGCUAGCGCUGGCGCGACACCGGGCGUGGAUCGCCUGCAGGUGAAGGGUGACCUGCCCACGGCUCAGUACGGACCGGGAAUAGUGAUCCAUAAGCACUUUCUGUACACAAUCGGUGGAACGACGGGAUUUGAUUACACUUGUGAUGUUUAUCGUUUGGAUUUGCGCACCGGUAUAUGGGAGAAUGUAUACAUAAGUCGUCCGGAGAUGCGAGACGAUCCUGAAGGACGCUACCGUCAUGAGGUCGUUUAUGAUGGCAAGCACAUCUUUGUGCUGGGCGGCGGAACAUCGCACUCUGUAUACGAUUUGCAGCGCAUUCCGGCAUACAACCUGGAGGCGAACUGCUGGGAUUACUUUGAAACAUAUCCCGAUCAGCGUGCUGUGGAUGCAGAUGACGGCAACAGAGGCUAUCCAAAGCCGCGCAAGUGCUUUUCGUGUGUGCAACACCAGUCCUCCACUGGGGACAUCGAGGCCUUCAUCACGGGCGGUCUGCAAGGCGACUUCUCCACAUACUUUUCGGACAUCUGGAAGCUUAAUCUGCGCACCAAGCAUUGGUAUCGCAUCGAGACCGCCAUCCUGCCCCGCCCGCUCUACUUCCACUCGGCGGCCCACUCCGAUAAUGGAUGCAUGUACGUAUUCGGAGGCAUCGAGUACAUUGACAAGGAGAUGCGCCGCCGCAACGAUCUGUAUAAGAUGUGGAUGACAGUGCCCAAACUGAGCGAAAUGUGCUGGGACGCCAUCACAUACUAUAACGACAAUCUCGACUUGUACGACCGAAAAACGCUACUGAAAGCCGGUAUACCGAAACGUUUUACGGAACGCCUACCGCCGCAGCGCAGGAGGCGUUUGGACCCGAGCCAGCCAGACCCGUCCAUGCUAAUUUCGCUGUACUCGAACCCGAAACGUGCCCGAUCUUCGACGCAAUAAGCCUGCUACUGUUCCCACACAAAUAAAUCGAAAUCAAGGAGGGUAGCGGAGCCAUACUUUUUCGAAACUCUUUCAGUUGCAGAACUUUGUUAUCAUUGUUUUAAAGUUUUGUUUCACAUUGAGCGCGCGCUGUGAUCGAAUAUGAAGAACAUUUAUAGUUGUACACAUGUGUAUUUUGAUACUCGUGUUUCCUAUGCGGACAUGAUUAGCAUGUAAAUAAGAUUGUAAUUAAGUUUAGCUAGCGCAACAACAGCCAGAUGCAGGCCAUGCGUAUGUAUUCUAAACUACAGCUUACAGAUCAGCCAGCGCACCCCCAAAACGGAGCAUCAGAAAAAUUCACGAUAAAUCUAUGAAUCUUUUACCUGGUCCUCGAAUCUUACUUGCUAUAUCGAAACGCGGCCCUGAUAUAAUGUUCCACCCUCUUUAAAUCCAAAACACAUCCCACUUUGCACCCAAAACAAGACAAACAAAUAAACCCAUAAUUAAAGGCUACACCAAACAAUGUCAUAUAGAUGGAUAUCCCCAAUGUAUUUUUGUCAAAGUGUACAUAAUACUUAGCGGUAGUAAUAUUUAAUUAACAAUAAGACUCCAUCAAUAUUGCGAUAUCAUGUACCAAUGCAGUACUGCUCGCCCCCGUGGCGAACGUUGGUUUGCUCGGUUUACAUUACCCAAGACUAAAUUUGGUUGAAUCUAAGUUAAUAAAUAAAUUUCUAAUGCAACA